AAAUGACAAUGCGCGCUCCCGGCGUGAGAAGGUGUGCUCGUUUCAGGGGCUGCGGUCCCAUUGACUGUUCUACAUCUCCCUGACAGCGGCAGCAUCAGCAGCAGAGCGCGGCUGCGUUAGAAAACAAGGCACCCAGUCAGCGGAUCAACCUGGGCAGCGUCAGAGUAACAUCUCUCCGCUGUGAAGAAAGCUAAGCCUUCCCAGGUGACCGAGUAUCAUUCUCCACCAGAGAUGGGUUCCCGGUAACUGGAAGUGGAGGGGAGAGGCGGGCGGGAGGGGGGUGGGGGGGAGAAGAGAAAAGAGCGAGAGAGAGGCAGAGGAAAGGCGACUAGGAACCGAAGAAGAACUACAGCCGUGGGUGCCCGCCACCAUGAGAGCCUUGCAUCACUUGCCCAAGCCGUUGCUUCGUCCGUGGGCCAUGUCGUGAUACGUGGGCUCCGCCAGCGGGAUUUCUGUCCGUAAUCCGAGCCGCCGAGGAAGGGGGGAGAAGAUGUCCGCCUCGGUGGGCCCUCGGGGCGGCCCGCGCCCACCCGUUGCGCCGGUGUCCAUGCCUGAGCCGGACCUUAGCCAUCUGACUGAGGAAGAGAGGAAGAUAAUCAUGGCCGUGUUAGCUCGACAGAAGGAGGAGGAGGAGAAGGAAGAGGCCAUGUUAAAGGAGGAGAAGCCCAUCCAAGCAAGAACUGUGAACCUGGUAGGCCAAAAGAAGCCUCCUCAGCAAAAUGAUGUCAGAGGUAUCCAGCAGCAGUUGUCCAGCUACAGGGAGACGGUGCGGCGGGUGGGGGAGGAGACGCGUCGGCAGACCACCACGGGCCAGCAUCGGGACGACGCGCCCACCUGUGGCAUCUGCCACAAGACCAAAUUCGCUGAUGGCUGUGGCAACCUCUGCUCCUACUGCCAGAUCAAGUUCUGUGCCCGCUGCGGGGGGAGGGUGUCCCUGCGCUCCAACAAUGAGGAGAAAGUGGUGAUGUGGGUGUGUAAUAACUGCCGUAAGCAGCAGGAGAUCCUCACUAAGCCAGGGGAGUGGUUCUCAGGUACAGGGAAGCCAGGUCUAGGCUCAGGCAUCAGUGACCCGGCCAUGUGUGGCCUGAACCCCAGUGACGAGAAGCUCCGUUCCCUCUCCCAGGUCCCCCUGGGGCCCCACGACGCCAACUGCCCCGGUGACCCAGGACUGGCACCAGGAAUGGACCUCCGCUCACGCAGCGAGCCCCCGAGAAAGCCGGGUGAUCAGAACAGUAAAGGUCGAGGGGAGCGUCGACCGGGUCAUCCCAGACUCCACACCCAGGUGUCAGUGGACCGGGACCAACGGGAGCGGGACCGGAGAGAGGGCCGGCGGCUGAGUAAGGGCCGUUCUCUGGAACACGACCCUGUGGGAGCGGGGGUCACCCGAUGGACAGAAGAGAGCUAUCACAUAGACCCAAACGCCCCCCGACAUUUAGCCCAGCCCCAGCCAGGGGAGCCCCUGGGGGGCAGGCACCCUCUACAGCCCCUGGGGCGAGGCAGGGGGGUUGAGAUUGGGUUUGAGGGUGUUGGGAGUGUUGGGGGCCAGCCCGAGGCUAUGCUGGGCCAGAGGACGGUGGAGGGGGGUAUUGGGGGGCCACAGGACCAUGGCCCUCCACAUCUCCAGUCCUCAGAACUCAGGGAACCCCCUGGGUCAGCCCCCGUCCCCGAACACGGCCCCCUCCUGCGCCGGUCCAAACGGGAAAAGGCUGAGAGCAUGCUGCGAAAUGAUUCGCUCAGCUCGGACCAGUCAGAGUCUCUGCGGCCGCCACCGCCACGGCCCUACAAGUCAAAACGUGGUGCUGGGAAGAGACAGACAUCAGUCAGCAGCUCAGAGGAAGAGGGAGGGACCACGCCAGAGUACAGCAGUUGUGAGGACGCAGAGAUCGAGAGUGCCAGUGAGAGAGGGGACUGGGAGUGCUACCCGCUGGACCCCACUGUGUGGCAUCAUCCGGUGACAUGGCAGCCAUCCAAAGAGGGUGACCAUCUAAUCGGCCGAAUCACCCUGAGCAAGAGGAGCGUUAUGCCUAAAGAGGCCGGGGCACUGCUGGGGCUGAAGGUGGUUGGGGGAAGGGUCACAGAAGCGGGCAGACUGGGAGCUUUCAUCACUGUAGUCAAGAAGGGCAGUCUGGCCGACGUCGUGGGACACCUACGAGCAGGGGAUGAGGUUCUGCAGUGGAACGGCAAGAUGUUGCCAGGAGCAACCCAGAAAGAAGUUUACAAUAUCAUUCUCAAUUCCCAAACAGAACCCCAAGUGGAACUAGUGGUGUCCCGGCCCAUUGGUGAUAUCCCAAGAAUCCCAGACACAUCCCACCCUCCACUAGAAUCUACAGGUUCCAGUUCAUUCGAGUCCCAGAAGAUGGAGCAGCCAUCUAUAUCAGUCAUGUCCCCCACCAGCCCCAGUGCACUAAGAGACCCACAGCUAAUGCCUGGACAGCUCACAAUAUUGCCCGGACAACUUUCAGUGAAGCUGUGGUAUGAUAAGGUGGGACACCAGCUAAUAGUGAAUGUGGUCCAGGCAACAGAGCUGCCUCCCCGACCGGAUGGGCGACCUAGAAACCCCUAUGUCAAAAUGUACUUCCUGCCGGACCGCAGUGACAAGAGCAAGAGGAGGACUAAGACAGUGAAGAAGAGCGGAGAGCCCAUGUGGAACCAGACGUUUGUGUACUCCCACGUCCACCGCAGAGACUUCCGCCAACACAUGCUAGAGCUGACCGUGUGGGACCAGCCUCGCCUACCUGACGAGGAUAGCAUGUUUAUGGGCGAGAUCCUGAUAGAGCUCGAGACAGCCCCAUUGGAUGAUAAGCCUCAUUGGUACAAUCUGCAAACCCACGACGUGUCUUCCAUCCCUCUGCCCCGGCCAUCGCCCUACAUGCCCCGCAGACACCCCCACACCGACACACCCAGCAAGAAGCUGCAGCCAGCCGAAAGAGGCUCGCGGGAGAGGGAGAGGCAGCAGAGGGUUCCCCACGCCACCACUCUGGAGGUGCCGGAGCAGCAGAGGACACCCCAGCAUCGCUCUCGAUCUGUCUCCCCUCACAGAGAGGAACAGGGCAGGGGCCGAUCACGACCCACCAACGUCCCCACCCAGAGGAGUUUGGAUGAUGAGAUCCACCAUAGUAGGAGGUCUAGUUCUCCCACCCGCUACUACGACUCUGCCAGAGGACACUACCAGGAGCAGGACUAUGUAGAUGACAGGCAAACUCGGACCCAGGACUCAUCAACCUGUCACACUCUAGGAAAGAAGCUCCCUGGCAGAGACAGGGGCCCCCUCCAAGGUGGUGCGUCUCUGUCCUCCUCAGUGACGUCCUCGUCAGCAGCUCGCAGGGUCAGACACCUCCCACAGGUCCCCGACAAGAGUAGCAGCCCCGUAGAACAAGCUCUAGCAGCAGAGGAACGUGUUCGUCAGCUCCAGAUGAAGGUGCAGAAGAGGGAUUCCUACAGUUCUGCUGCUCCCUCCACUUCCGUCAGGGACCUGGAGAGGGCGCUUAAGAGCAAACGCGAGCUGUAUAAGGACCAGAGGAGAACCAGCUGUGAGAAUGUAUCCCGCAAGUCUUCAGACAGUGAUGUCAGCGACGUGUCAGCCAUCUCUCGCACCAGCAGUGCCUCCCGCAUCAGUAGUACCAGCUACAUGUCCAUCCAGUCAGAGAGACCCCGGGGACGCUUCAACAAGGCGGUCCGUGCGUCAGGCCAGAGCAUGUUGAAGAGCACCAGCGUGAGCGGUGAGAUCUAUGGCAUUGAGCACACAGACGGCAGCCAAUCAGAUACAGCAUUGGGCGGGGGCAAGAAGCGGCGCUCCAGCCUCAGCCAACGGGUGGUGGCCAUCGUGGGCCUGCCCUCCAGACGCAGCUGCAGCACCUCACAGCUCACCUCCCAGAAAGAAGCAGUGGGGGUGGAUACCAAGAAGAAGGGCAAGAAAAAGACCAAAAUCCAGAUCCAGCGGAGUACAGAGGUGGGUAUGGCUGUAGAGUACCCCCGCCAGGCCAGCAGAGACUCCACCGACGGCAGCAUGAACAGCUACAGCUCUGAGGGGAAUCUAAUCUUCUCGGGGAUGAGGCUGGGGGCUGACAGUCAGUUUAGUGAUUUCCUGGAUGGCCUUGGCCCCGCCCAACUGGUGGGCCGGCAAACAUUAGCCACUCCUGCCAUGGGAGAUGUUCAAAUUGGAAUGAUGGAUAAAAAAGGCCAGCUGGAGGUAGAGGUGAUCAGGGCACGUGGCCUUAACCCCAAACCAGGGUCCAGAUCACUCCCAGCUCCCUAUGUCAAGGUGUACCUGCUGGAUAACGGGGCCUGUAAAGCCAAAAAGAAAACCAAGAUUGCACGUAAAACCCUGGAGCCACUGUACCAGCAGGCCCUGCUGUUUGAAGAGAGCCCACAGGGGAAGAUCCUGCAGGUAAUAGUCUGGGGCGACUACGGGCGACUGGACCACAAAUGCUUCAUGGGAGUUGCACAGAUCCUAUUGGAGGAGCUGGACCUCUCUAGCACAGUGAUUGGCUGGUACAAACUGUUUCCCCCUUCCUCAUUGGUGGACCCUACAUUAGCCUCGCUCACACGGCGGGCAUCCCAGACAUCCCUGGACAGCUCAGGACCAGCUAAUAUGCGCUCUUAGUGACCGCAACGCAACCACAACCCCAAAUGGACCACAAAUGACCAGAGUGCAUGACCACAUACCUAGGGCCAAUUUCCCUUAGGGCAAUAGAGCAAAUCAGACAGAGAGAAAAAUAGAUAAAUAGAGAGAGAGAGAAAGGAAGGAAAGGAGAUAGAGAACUAGCCAAUCAGAGCUUACCUGGAUUCUGACAAUCACUUCCCAUGCCUCCCUCCCUUCCCUUUUCCCACCUUUCUCUGGGCUGCUGGGGCCUUACUCCUGAGUCUCACCUCUUGUAUUCGUCCUCCUCUCUGACAUCUCCUUUCUUUGUCUCCUCUUUGUCCAUUCCUCUUCUCCCGCCGUUGAGUGUGUUAUGGCACGUGCUCCUGAGAUAGAAGGGACUCAUGCAGCCCAUUCUGUUAGGUGGCACAAGGGAUGUCAGCCCAGGCUUGGUGAAGCCAAUCAGUGAAGAGGUUAUUGUGAGGCCAUAAAGAGCGUGCAGGAGACAAAGAGAAAAGAUUGAUGAUGCCCAGCCGACAGUUGCCCAUCAAAAUGUGUUUCAGCAUUGAUGCCGUCAUGGCGUCACUACAGGUGUCUGUGAGGGUUGGCAUGGUUGCACAAUCUGUUAGGGAAGGGAGUCUGCACAGGUGUAAAAAAAAUAUUGUCCGAAGAUCAAAGCAAGCACAAAAGCUUGAUUAUUUUUUUGGACAAGGAUUUAUUAUGAAAGAGAAAGAAAAACAGAGGCCAAAUUAUGGUUAGAUAUAUUUUAUUCUAUUUGCCUAGAGUUCAGAAAGGUACCAUGUGGUGCAGACUCCCUGUGUGUGUAUUUGGUUUCGAGUGACGGUGGUCUGCAGACCUGCAGAGGUCUUGUCACACCCCCCUCUCGUCCCACCCCCGCGAGCGAGGCAGGCGCAGCAUGACUCGGGACCCCGGCCCAAGCUGCAUGCACAUUUUUUUUUGUAAAACAAAAGCCAGACAAAUUACUUAAAAAAAAAAGAGACUAAAUGUGUGUUAGUUCCACAUACUUUAGGCCAGCUUGUAUGUUGCAUGUACAUGUACAGUUUGCUCGUACUGAAUAUGAAUACAAACAGAAUAGCCAUCCGCCAUCCAAUGGCGGACACUGGGGGAAUAAGCUCCGCCCAGGCCACACCUCCAACUCUGGGUACGAAUUUCCAUAUUAGGAAGUCUCCAAAAGCAUUUUUUUUUUCUUGUGUUCCUUUUGAGCCCUUUGGAGAGCAGUGCUGUAUCAUAGUACUGAGCAAACUGGAACCCCCUAGUUAUCUGAGGAUCUAGGUGCUUUAACAGUAGUCUAUGACAGUGGGGCUAGAAACAGAGGUAGAGAAUGUGUGUAUAAAAAAACAGAGCUUAAUGUAUAUGAAGUAAAAUUAUGACUUGACAGAAAUUAUAAAGAUAUAGAUAUAUGAUUAUCAAAUGAGUGUAUCUGACUACACGCAUUACCUAUGCGCACACACACGUUGUAAAUAUGAGUCAGGGGGAGAAGUUUGACAAUAUUUACACACACACACACACACACACACACAAACCGAUCCAAACAUUCCUGGUCCUAUGGAAACAGAUCAGAGCCCCAUGCCCUGUGUUGCGAGAGACGCUGAGCGGUGCCCAACCACAAGAGGGAGCCAACAGGCCUUUCAGUUUCUCGAAAUAGCAGCCAACACCAACAUGACUAUUUGCAACACACUCCAUCUUGUUUCUUUAACCGCAACACUUUAAUCCCCCUAUUUUCUCAUGGUUUGGACUGAACUUUAAAGCCAAUGAAACUGUUGUUUGCUGACCUCUCAGUUGAACCUCUUGCGGUGCGGCCCACUGCCCUUUCCUUUGUCAGUAUUACUCCAUGAUACUGAUUGUUUACAGUCCAUGGGUACCCCCUCAACACACCAUAUCUAGGGAAGAAGUAUUCACUGCUACAUUUCUUGUUUGUAUAACAGAUGUGGCUCUACUGAUGUGUAUGUUUUAUAUUCAAGAGUUCAUUUUUAUUAUUUACAAAUAAAAGACUGUGUGGAAGAAAAGGGUGAGAGAA